AUGUCGGCAUCGCUGGCGCCGGAGUGCAAUGAAGUCAAGGAAUAUCUGAGAGUUACGAGAAAAAAGUAUAUGGCCGCUAAUGUUGUUCAAACAGAAUACCUCCGCGGCACAGCGACAUCAGAUGAAUGCGAACCUCUAUUCGCAAAGUACAAACAAUGUCUCAGUCGCGCACUCAAGGAACGCGGCAUAGACAAGAUGCUCGACGAAGCAAGAGCGGACAAUCGCGAAAACGACCUCGAGAACAUGAAACCCACCAGUUGA